AUGGCAACGCUUCCACGACCAACAAAGUCUCCUGCAGCUAGUGUUAUUCGCCCUCAUUCCGAAUUUGACGCCGGGAUCAACGCUUCCAAUGCUUGGACGCAAUACCACUUAUCAGGCGAUUUAUCUGACGAAGAACUCAACCUAGAGAAUGCUGGUAAUGAUCAUCCCGAUCGUCGGCCAGCGAGAGCCUUGUACGAUUUUGAAGGAAAGCCAGAGUUCCGAGAAUUGAGUGUUCAUGCCGGAGAUGAGCUGGAAGUAGUCAGAGAAGAGCUUGCGGAUGGAUGGAGUUUGGUUUGCGAUGUCGAUGGCGAAAUUGGAUUAUUGCCCAGAUCUUACUUUAUUUUUACUUCGGAAUUCAGCUCUGCUUUCGAAGCCGAUGUUACCUCUCCCAUUCAAACUUCUUCUCAAAGCAAAUUCAGACGGAAACGAGAAGCAUCUUCGGGAUCAAUCACUCCCAGAAAUUCAAUGCUCAAUGAUAAAAAUGCACCUUCAGCAGGAGUACCUAUCGUGCCUCAGAAUACCGGAGAAUGGAAUCAAUGGAUGUUUCCCAGUUUCCGACAAAGCCUUCUCGGAGGCAAGAGCCUCAAUAGAUUCUCUAGUUUUGUUACCAGUGGAGCUGAAGAAUGGGUUUUAAAUGGCAAAGUUGCUGAUACGACGAGUACCGUUUCUACCCAUGAGAAGUUGAGCAGUAUUGCUUCUCAAGACGAUGACGAAGAAGAUAUUGAUCUGCAAAAAGCUCCUCGUCUCCAAGAAACAGAUCGCCAUUUCAUCGACUCUGGACACGCUUGGAAAUCCAAAGUACCACUAUUCAAAGUACUCGUUCAUUCUCCUUCUAAACGGACAUCAAUUCUCUCUGGAGCUUACACAAUAUACAAUGUUACUUCCAUGUUUGAAGCACCCUGCGACUCAGAGUCCGAAUCCGAACAUGUACUAUCUGAACCUCCGUUACCCCAAUCACCAACGCGAAUAACCGUUCAGCGACGUUUCUCCCAGUUUGUUAUCCUUCAUACUGCGUUGACACGGAGGCUUCCUGGCAUCUCACUACCUCCAUUACCAGAGAAACAAUACUCAGGAAGGUUCAGUGAUGAUUUUGUUGAGGCGAGAAGAGGAGAUCUAGAACGAUAUAUAAGAAAAGUUGUCAGGCAUCCAGUUGCUCGGUAUGCGGAAGUCGUGACGUGGUUCCUUAGCUGUGAAAGCGACUCUGAAUGGAAACGUCUCGCGCCAUAUCAUAUCUCCAAAACACCCGCUGGACCGUCGUUCUACGCCCAAGUCUUUCAUCCCGCAUUCAACUUAGACCUCGAGGAUGCAGAGGAGGCCGGAGAGCGUUUUGCCACACACACCCGCGCUGUUGGAAAGGGUGUCCAGGGUUUGAGGAGUAUCUUCGGGCGUGUGAGAGAAGCUAGACUUGAAAUGUCUAAAGCCGAACGCCUUCUAUCUUACUCACUCAUAUCCUUAAUAACUUGCAAGCCCCUUGCAGCCACAUCUCAAUCACCUCAUAUAUCCGGAAUAGCAGAAGAAGAUGAGGACGAAGAUAGCGACUCAAGAAAAGGUCUGAUAAACGAAGAUGGGGCCUGGUGUUGGCGCGAAGGAUGUCGUGAAUGUCUUUCACUUAGUAAAUCGAUACAACGCACGGCGGAGACACUACAGAAUGUGGCAGAUCUGUAUGAUGAUCAUGCACGCCGCACCCAACUCGCAACACACGAAUCUUUUAAGAGUGUCGCUCACCCAGCACCGAUGUACGAAGGUGUUGUGAGUACACAUCGGUCGACGCUAAAGAGAUAUAGAGAGGCAGGGCAUGAGGAUCAUACGAAAUCGAACGAUGACUUGGCCUCCCGCUAUGAACGGUGCGAAACGGUGCUUAACACCACCAUGGCGGAGAUGGAGACAUAUCAUUCGCAAAAAGUGGAGGAUUUCGAGACUCUGGCGAAGGACCAUUUAGAUGGAGAGAUCGCCCUCUAUGAACAGAUUCUUACCCGACUCAAAACUGCUCGUUCAUCUUUCGAUAAAUCAACAGCGUCUUCCAUUCAUCUAUCUACCUCAUCUUCAUUGGCAUCGCCUAUACCAUCCUUCUCCUCGUCUUCCUCGUCUUCUUCCUACUCGUUAAUCACACCCUCUUACAAAAUCACACAUGCGUCACAUAUACCUCCUACCUCUCAGAAUCGCAUCCAUCGAUCUCCCUCACCACGCAAACCCUCAAUCUACGAACGCGAACUAGAUGCGCCCCGGCUGAUACCUGCGCCGCUUCCUCAACCGUGUCCGCACGUUUUCGACUCGACGCCUAUGCGCCCUGUCAGUGUCGCUAUAGGAGGUGCGGUGGGAGGUUUGCUGGGUGGUACUAGGGGUGAAGGAAGGGGAAGUGUUUUCGGGGGUUUGUUCUGGUGA